UUGGUGGUCCAGGGAUUCCAAGCAUGAGAUCCCUCAGUCUGUUGCUACUCAGCGCCAGCUGCGCGCUAAUCCUUAGCAUAGCUUACGCACAUCCGCCAGAGGGUGUGUGGAAGAAGAAAUUAACCUGGAAAGAGGAUUGGGUGCCAGUCUUCAAAACGGUUAAAAAAGAGGCAUGGGAAACGAAGUGGAAGAAGGUGUCGGUGCCCAUCUGGAAGGAAGUGCAAGUGCCCAUCUGGAAAGAGGAAAAAGUGCCCGACUGGAAAAUUAUAAAGAAGCCAAAAAUUGAGGAACGCGAAGUACCCGCCUGGAAAGAUGUUAAAGUUGCUGAGUGGAAAAAAAUAACGAAGCCCAUUUGGGUGCCCGUUAAAGUGGAAGUGUGGAAAGAAGUUAAGGUGCCAGUUUGGAAGGAAAUCCAAGUGCCUUUCUGGAAGGAAAUUCAAGUACCAGAUUGGAAAGAAGUGCAAGUCGCUGACUGGAAACAAAUGUUCGAGCCACAAUGGGUGAAAAUGGGCAUUCCUGGUGAAAAGUUCUUGGGCAAAGAUCAUGAGGGCUGGGAGUAUACAAGUCACGAUCUCUGGCGCAAGAAGCUGGUCUGGAAGCCUGUAUGGAAAAAGAUCUGGCGCACCGAAAAGAAACAGAUCUGGCGCACAGAGAAGAAACAGGAAUGGCGCACCGAAAAGGUGCAAGAAUGGCGCACAGACAAGGUCAAGGACUACAAGCUGGACAAGAAACUGGAAUGGAAAGAUGAAUGGAUACAGGUGUGGAAGAAUUCGAAGAAACAAAUCUGGAUCAAGGAGAAACGCGAAACAUGGAUAGAGGAGAAGAUUCAAAUCUGGCGCACCGAAAAGAAACAGGUCUGGGCCACAGAGAAGAAGCAGGCCUGGAAGGAUGAAUGGCAAUCGGUGCAGGUGCCCGUAUGGAAAGAGAUUAAGGUCAAGGAAUGGCAAAAGGUGUGGAAGCCCGUGUGGGAAAAGGUAUGGGUGCCCAUCAGUCACGGCCACCAUGGCUGGGAUUAAGCUGAACAAUAUUGGGGCUAGCCACAAAUUCGCAAAACGCUGCGACAGCACUGAUAAAUGAUAAACAAAAACAAAUAACAAACUGCCCCAGCAGCAGCAGCUUGGCCAACACGCUACUCGAAAUGUUUGCAACAAAUUGUUAAGUUUUAAACUCAUUCCAUUUUUCCAUAUUUUUCCGACUCU